GCUGUUCUAAUAGCUGCACAACGAGUGUUUCACCACAGCUAGCUGUCGGAUUCAUGCUAAUCGCCUUAGCUGUGCGGUUUACUGGGACAGCUUGUUUGUGUAAUGUGUGAUAGUGCAUUCAAACAGUACGCGGAACUCAUUGUGUUAUGUUACCAUGGUGCAGCAGGGUGUUGGAGGUGUAUCUAGAUAUAUAUGCGUUUAAGUAGGCGGUGCCGUUUGAUACAGAUCAUCAAUUUGUCAAGAGUGUUCACGAUGUCCGAUUCUGUGUAAUGUUAUGUGGACAAACAAUUCACGUAUAGUGUCAAGCAAAAUGAACGCAAAAUGAUAAUCUAGUUUAAUUAGAUAGUUUCUAAAAAAGUUGCUCCUGAUGCGGAAUAGAAGGCUGAACUGAAUAUUUAAUUGGUUCUAAAAUUUUAAAUCACUACGGAACGUGUUUCCGAUAGUGGCUGCGUAAAAACCUGUCCCCGAGCACACGUGAAAAAAACAGCAGCUUACAGUUCAACAAAAUGGGCAAAACAACGAGUAAACUAGAUAAGCGCCGAUCUCAGAGUAUAUCGUGGAGUCACAAAUUUGGAUCAUUAAACCGGAGAAGAAAAAAUGCGCCAAUGGUUAUUACUUCCUGUCCCCACAUGGAUGUUUCCGACUGGCUAGCGAGACUGGACCUGACAGAAUAUCGAGAUAAGUUCAAGCUAUUCAAUGGAGUUGAAGACUUUCUCUACCACAGCGAGGCCGACAUCAAAAAGCUUGGAAUACGCAAUAAUGCCCAUCGAGCACGAAUCAUUAGCAGUUUGGUUGCGCUACGAGAAAAAUCAUCAACAGGAAGCCUGAAACAUGUUGAUACGUUGCGAAAAACGAUGCGGCACAGCGUGGCAGUGGAACCGAACAAAUGUACCAGGAAUAACGAGGAUAUGCCCAGCUAUGAAUGUUUGACGAUCAGUAACGCAAAACAGAGCAAGAGCCUGGGCGAUCUGUUAGAUAUGGAAACACCCGACGGUGGCAAUGAGGCUGUCGCACUGAAGAAAGCCCUGGAAUGGGAACUGUCGCUGGAUUCGAGAGAUUUACGAUCGCACGCCUGGUACCAUGGACCGAUUCCACGACAGCGGGCCGAGGAGAUAGUCCAGAAGGAUGGUGACUUCCUGGUGCGGGACUGUGUCUCACAGCCCGGUAACUACGUGCUGACCUGCAGGACGAAGGGACCCACGCUGCAUUUUGUAAUCAACAAGUUGCUGAUUCAACCUGAAACCGUAUACGAAAGAGUACAAUACCAGUUCGAAGAUGAUGCCUACGACACAGUUCCUGAUUUAAUAACGUUCUAUGUAGGCUCAGGGAAAGUCAUCUCAGCAGCCUCCGGAGCACGGAUCCAGUUCCCCUGCAACAGAAUAUAUCCGUUGUCGUUCUAUGCUUCCAAGUAUGGCCAGCACGUGGGGGGAGUUCGAGGGCCAAGCCCACUCAACUCACCCUCGCCGGUGCCGUCAUCACCUGGGUUUAGGUAUAAUCCCUACACCCAGCAAACGAACACAUAUCGAAGUCCGAUGUCUUCACCACCGCGAACAAAGCGUGAAACGCCACCUCGUUUGCCUUCGAAGAAGCAACGUUCGCAGUCUCUAACUCCGCUGCAGGGAGCUCAAACGGCCCAGCAACGAUACUGCAGUGCAGACGGCGUCAUACAAUCCAACGGCUCCGAUAGUAAAUCUCUUUCCAAAUCCUCACGAUUACCUGGCUCGACCGAGAAGUGCAACAGUGCCGAUGGAGUUAUCCAAAAUGAUUCCAGUCAGCGAACUACCCCCGUGGAUGAGAAAUCUUCCAGCGCUGAUGGUGUAGUAAAAACUCAAACUUUAACUCGAUCGGGAACAGCCGAUCCGGCGCUGAAAAUGAGUUCUCAAUCUCUGCCCCGUUCCAACAGUUUACGCUCAUCCCGUGGAGUACUGGGUUCACGGACAUUUAGUAUUAACAAAGAAUCCAGCGAGCAUUCACUGAGUCCUUGUUUAGAGCACAAACAGUUGGCGGAGGCUGAUGAAGAAACGGAACAAGCUCCUAGUCCUCCACCGAAGCCGAUUCGAGGUGUUCAGCGGAAUGAUUCAAUGAAGGAUGUUGAUCAUCAUGGACCAGUUCAACGGUUAGGCUCGUACCAUCCCAGUGGAUCGGACUCUGGUAAUGGCUCCGGAGAUUCUGCUCAAAGCUCCGCUACCGGAGAUGAAUUGGUUUUGCAGCAUCGAGGCGGUGUAGUACUGAAAAAUCCUCGCUUUAUUCCCAGCUCCAUGUCAUCCAUCACCUUGCGAUCUUAUGUGGAUUUUGAUCCGGCUGCCGCCGAGGAAACACUGUUGUCUCUGAACAUGCCAAUAUUCGAGCAGGUCUCGCGUUAUGAUUUGGAAAGUUUCAACACACUUCUGCUUCCGUUUUGUGACUACAAACCAUUGGACAGUGGCACCCUCAAUACGUUCCGGAUGAUGCUGAGUGAAACCGGUUCCAGGGUGAUUGCGAAUCAUCUAACGCGUGUUGAUAUUAGUUUAAUUUUAGAAAAAGAUGACGAGAAAAAAGACCACCCUCUCAACUGCACGGGACUGGAAUUGAUCACACUCGAGCAGGGCAAACAGUUCCGACAGGAUCUGAUUGAGCGUACGGAAUGCAUGAAACUACUAGUAGCUGUUACCAUUUUGACCUGCCAGGAUGACCUGGAAAGAGCGGAGACCUUGAACAAAUGGAUUCAAAUAGCUGUAGAAACGAAAACUGCCCUCGGAAAUCUGUUCGGGUUCUGUGCAAUCAUGCUUGGUCUUUCAAUGCCUCAGAUUCAAAAGCUAGAAACUACGUGGCACACAUUGCGCCAAAAGUAUACCGACAGUGCAUUCAAUUUUGAAGCUAAACUACGACCCACGCUCAACAGCAUGAACGAUUGCUCGAACCCGCAGGCACCGAAUACGACGAUACCGCACAUACUGCCAUACAUACUACUUAAGGAUCGCACAAUCAACGAUGUUAUGAUUGAUUCGUCACAAUCUCAGAGUUCCACGUUGGUAACGAGCUGCGUUACCCCGUGGGAAACAAACACGCAAGAUUUUGGAUUUUCCAUAUUGUUUGCUCAUCUGGACUCGGCGAGAAGUUUCAUUAACAAUCUUUCACUUUACCGGAAGAACGCUCAGAUCGUUAUGCAGGACACCAGCCGGUUCGAUACUCUGCUGGAGGAGGCAUUCCGCACCGAAUUUCAGGUCAAGUUCCUCUGGGGUUGCAAAGGAUGCUUUAUUCCAGCCGAGGACCGUCAUGCCAAAUUCGAACAUGUGCUCAGCGUGAUGGCGGACAAGUUUUGUGGUGAUUCCAAUGCCGCUGGAUAAAGACCGACUGGUUUCGAUAGAUUCUUCCUUGCCCUCAUCGCGCUAAUAUCGUUCUUCGUUCAAUCUUUGAUCCUCAUCCAUUAUUCACACUCGCAAAAUCACGAUUUAGGUAAUACACAUUUUAGGCAAAACUUUUAGCUCAUGUAUUGGAAUAAAGGCAAAAACGAAUCAAACGAAACAAUAAUUGAUGAAUGGUACCGUCAAAUAAUAUUUAUAUGAAUGCGAUUUAUCUUGGUUUUUGAACAUGUUUUUUAACUGCCAGUCACCCCGAAAAAUAAAUAAUAGUCAAAUAAACGCGAAAACACCUUUUGAAAACCCUCAAAUAAACUAGUCAAAACAAAGCAAAAAAUCGGAGUAUUUAAGCGUUAAUUUUUUGACACUUAUACGAAACGAUCAUUGUAAUUUGAUACAACUGUAUUUAUUCUAGAUUAAACAGAAUGCACCAUAAACUGUUGUUUAAGAUAGUUUUAAAUGCGCAGGAAGAAGAAGACGAAUUUUUAUUAAACAGCAUAGUUCUUACCGCAGAACUUUUGAGAGUAUUAGAUUUUACGGUGCAUAGUUGAAAUUAAGAAGAGACCAUCUCAUUUUCGUUACCUUACACAAUCGACAGUAAAAUCAUGAAGCAGUUACUUUUAUACCCAAAGUUUAUAUGAUCGAACGGUUGACAAAACAGACUGACUAUUUAGCAUCAAAACGAAACAGAUUUCCUAGGAGCACUGAGUUUGAUUUGUUCUUUCCAAAGCAAUAUCUAGCAUCAAAAAACAAUUUAAAAACAAAAGAACACUACAAAGCAAAUGCAAAAAUGAAUUUCACCCUAACUAUGAAUCCAAAGCUUUCUCAUAUUAAAUACCUUUUCCUACUGUAAACGUAUUUUAGACUACGUAGACAAGUAUGUAAAAUACAAAAUGCAGAAUUAUCUGGAUAGAGUAAAAUAGAAUAUAGUCAGUUAUAAACGCAAAGGGAAUAAUUAAUCAUUGAUACAAUUUGGAUAGGAAACUGUAUGAUAAUAACAAUAACACACCAUUUAUAAUAACUUCGUAUUGAACACAGAUACUCAUUCUCACUCACAUGUUGGAUAAGCAACUUCAUUAGGAUCGCGUUUUUUGUUGAGUUUGAAAAUGACAAAUAUUAGAUGAACACCAUCUCCUGCAUCUAUUUUUAGAACCGCAACAGCGGAAGUCCUGACUGUGGGGAGCUGUCACAGUUCUACAUUGAAUCAAAUCUUAUUUAUUUACAUACCCAUUAGUACAGGAAAUAGCCAACUACACACGGAAGCUCCGAAAAAUGAUAGCGAUCGUAAAAAUUUGAGUAUUUGGACGGAAAUAAAAUGCAACAAUAUUAACCUUGUGCGGGUGAACAACUGGUAAAGAAAAGUAUUAUGUAAUGCAACACACAGCGUAUUGUAGAUAUUAGUGGUCUGUGGGAAAGUUGAGACGGAAAUCAUGAAAAUACAUACACAAGUACACGAACACGAGCAUACGCAUCUGCGUACAUACCGACACACUUACACAUUCAUACAUACACUCAAUGACAUGCCGUAAGCGCAUAAAAGUAUGAUAUUUGAUAUGUAAUAAACUAUUUGAAGAAAAUAACACAAA